AUGCAGUCACUGGCGCACUAUAUAUUCCAUGACUGGCCUCCCACUAAAGACCAUCUACCCCAGCAACUUCAAACAUUUUGGCACUUUCGAGAAGAGCUCAGUAUCGCAGAUGGCAUACUUCUGAAAGCCACUCGGGCUAUUGUCCCCCCUUUGCUAUGCCCAUCCAUGCUGACCAAGAUCCAUCAUUCACAUCGGGGUCCUGAAUACUGCCUUCGUUUUGCCAGAGAUGCUGUAUUCUGGCCCAACAUGUCCAAGGACAUUGAAGAAUUCUGCCACUCCUGCUCAACUUGCGCCCAAUACGGAAAGCAGGCAGCUGCCAAGCCAAUGUUAUCACAUCCCAUUCCAACUCUUCCAUGGCAAUUUGUCUCCCAAGACAUAUUUGCGUUCGGGCACAAACAGUACCUAAUCACAGUGGACCACUACAGUGACUUCUACGAGUUGGACGAACUAGUCAACACCCUAUCAACCACCAUCAUCAAUCUUACUAAAGCCCACUUCGCACACCACGGGAUUCCUCUUCACUGCAUUACAGACAACGGCCCACAGUUUGUGUCUUGCAAAUACAAGAAGUUCGCUCAGACCUUUGGCUUCGAAGACAUAACGUCCUCAUCCUACUGGUCUCACAGCAAUGGCAAAGCUGAAGCAGCCAUCAAUGAUGCCAAGUCUAUCCUAAAAAAAUAUCCAGACGUCUACUUGGCACUCCUUAACAUUUGA